GAGGCUGCCGAGCAGGGCCAGGCCGGGCCCUGCCCACAAGGACGCCGAAGCCCUUCACCGGCCCCCGGGCCCAGGAGCCCACCAGGCUCUCCUGCCGGCCCCACCAUGACCUCGGAGCCCACGCCGCCCCCGGUCGUGCCCCCACUCCACUCCCCCAAGUCCCCAGUCUGGCCCACCUUCCCCUUCCAACGGGAGGGCAGCAGGGUCUGGGAGCGGGGCGGCGUCUCAGCUCGGGACCUGCCCAGUCCCCUGCCCACCAAACGGACCAGGACGUAUUCGGCGACAGCCCGCGCCUCGGCCGGCCCCGUGUUCAAGGGCGUCUGCAAGCAGUUCUCGCGCUCACAAGGCCACGGCUUCAUCACCCCCGAGAACGGGUCAGAGGACAUCUUCGUGCACGUGUCUGACAUCGAGGGGGACUACGUCCCUGUGGAGGGUGACGAGGUGACCUACAAGAUGUGCCCCAUCCCACCCAAGAACCAGAAGUUCCAGGCCGUGGAGGUGGUGCUCACCCAGCUGGCCCCACACACUCCCCACGAGACGUGGUCCGGGCAGGUCGUGGGCUCCUAGGCUGGGCGGGGAGCCCCCCAGGGUGGACAGGUGGGCAGGCUCCAUGCCCCACGGCACGGGUUGACUCGGCCCCCCAGGCGGCCUCAGUGUGCGCGUCUGUCUGUCUGUCUGUCUGUCUUGCACGUGUGCUUCCAUCCAGCCCCGUGACCUGUGACUGUUGUGUGAGCUGGACCGCGGGGGAGGCCACUGCCCCGCCCGCUCUGCUCAUCCACUCUCUCCUUCCCCCCCUCCCUGCCACAUCGGCACAGGCCCUCUCGCCCCUGCCCGCCUGUCCUGUGUCCACUGAACCUCCAGAGCCUGCAUCAGGCCUGGGGCUGGGAGUCAGGGGCACCCCGGGCCCUGCCGGGACGAGUUUCUCCCCAGCCUGGGCCUCUGGCCCUGGCCCGGCCGGACUCUGCUUGUUACUCAACCCACCCCUGCGCCCGGGGCUCCAUUGGUGGCCGGGACCCGCCCUCAGAGCCAGGCCAGUGAGCACUUUGGG